UCAGUUCUAAUUUUUUAGUUUUUAGUAAUCAGAAUCACAAAGAGUUUAAGAUCUUUGCUUAGAUAAAGGAUCUAGUUGAAAUGGCUUUUUAAAUAUUCAAAAUGAAAAAACAAGUUUAGUGUUAAAAAACUUGAAAAGUCCCGACUUCUACUUAGAGCUAUAAUGCCAUUUGCCAACCCACAUUUGACUAAUAUUGUAUAGAUUUUUCUGUGUCCCUGGUUUAGGUUCAUAAGCAUCCCUUUUGAGAUUUUAUCUUAAAAUGAUAUCAUAUAUACAAGAUUUUGUUUUCACUAACAAAAUCACAAUGAACUAUAACAAUUUGAGGUAUAGAUCCUAAUCCUACUUUGAAGCAAAUUCGGAUUUAUAUGGAGUAUCAAUUAUUUUACUUAAUUAAUUGUAACAUUAUCACAUGUGCUAGCUCAUCGACAGAUGCGUUUAAAAACUCUAUUUGUGCCCAUUAUACUUUCUUACUUAGAUAGAUCUCUGUCUUUGUCGCUUUUUCUCUGCCAUGGUUGCGCUGUUGUCUAAAACACUGCUCAUUCUGCUGUUACUGUCAACAAUUCACCAAAACACAGGUGGGGAAUUUGAGCAAUGGUGUAUAGCAGAUGAGCAAAUCCCAGAUGAUGAAUUACAAACGGCUUUGGAUUGGGCAUGUGGAAAUGGAGGUGCAAACUGCAGCAAGAUCCAACCAGACCAGCCUUGUUUUGACCCAAAUACAGUGAAAGACCAUGCUUCAUUUGCCUUCAACACCUACUUUCAGAGCUUCAAGCAUCAAGGUGGAUCCUGUUUCUUCAAAGGAGCUGCCAUCAUUACAGAGCUUGAUCCUAGUCAUGGCUCUUGCAAGUAUGAGUUUAUUCCAUAGUGAGAAGGAGAAGGAGAAGAGAUGAGGGAACAAAAUCAGAGGAAAGAGAUUAGUUUGAAAGAAAGGGGAUAAAAUCCCAUGGAAGAUUGAUAUCCAAGUUAUUUAACUUGUUUCAUUGCACUUGAACCAUGGCACAAUAGGAAUUAUUUAUUUCAUUCUUUUCUUUCUGUGUUAUUGUUGCCUUUUCUGGCAGAUUCUUGAAAGAUAUAAUUGAUUUUCUUAAUGUGAUCCUCCAGUGAAAAUAAGCCAAAAGAGAAUCAGGUUCCAUUCU